UAGGGCUCUCUCUCUCUCUCUCUCUCUCUCUCUCUCUCUCUCUCUCCUCUCUUCAUUUAAUGGCCGCCGGCGAUCACCGGCGCGGCUACGGCUGGGCUCUUGCCGCCGGCAUCAACGCCGCCCUCGCCGCCGUCGCUGCCAAGUUCUUCUCUUCCCAGAUUCUAAAAUAUGGUUUCGUCAUAUGUUUCAAUUUGAUAAUGUGGGGAUGCUAUGUCAACAGUCUUAAAGCUCUAUCGUCUCUACAAGCUACAGUUACGAACUUUGCUGCCAAUUUUCUAUCUUCGGGUUUAGCAGGAUACUUUCUAUUUGAGGAGCGCCUGCCUGCUCGGUGGUUUGCAGGUGCCGCUCUCAUCAUAGUCGGGGUUUUAAUCCUCAGCAAAUCAAGUGUUGAACAGAAGAGUAAUUCCGAUUAGACAUGAGAGUGCUAAAUUGCGACAAAAGCCUCUAUAUGUGUCGCGAGUUUUCUUUGAUGCCCCCAAAACUUGAAACCUUUAUAUUUCACCUUUAGAGUACAAGCUUUUGUCAGUUUGCUGCCUUCGUCAGCAUUCGGAUAAGUUUGAUUUUAAAAUUUUCUGGGGGCUAUGUGAAGAUCACAACAUUUGGAGGUUUUGCUUAAACUCCAGUUAGUCGGCAGCAAAAGCAGCAUCUAUCAAUGUAUCAAAAUAGAGAAAUGCUUGAUGUACGCCAAAAUCUGUAUUGAUGUAUUGAAAUGCAUUUGUGGAUGGUUCAUUAGAGUUUAGAAUUUAGAGUGUAAUAAUGGUACGUAGGGUUCAGUGAUGGUGUUUAGAUUAUAAUAAUGAUGAUGUCAUGUUAUCUACAACAUUGUUGGAUACCCGUAGCGAUGCUCAUCGAAAUAAGAUGUUCAGGGCAUUCUAUGUA